AUGGAGGAGCCAGAGAGAAAGAGACGCAACAGCAACGAGCUCGUCCAAGACUAUGAGUUCUUGAAACAAAAGAUAAAGCACGGCUACAACGAGGCCCACAAAGGAACAGCCGGUGCCCUCAUCUCGGAGCAUCUCCAAGAGUUGAACCGCAUCUACAGCACUGUCCAGAAAGACAAGAUCACCGAUACCACCAUCCAUCUCAAAGACUCGGAGCUUCUCCACGAAACAGCCAAUUUCUUGGCCACAAAUUCCAAGAAUUUGAAGGUUGGAGACUCGGGCAUUUCCUUGAACCAGAGAGACUUUGUCAUCAGGCUACAGGCCUACUUGAACGAUGAGAAGACCGAGCAGCAGUUGGAGCAAGAUUACGAUGCUAGCAUCUCACCUCAGUCUAACGACCAAGACUCGGAAACACAAACAAAUGACAACAGCGAAGAAAAGUUCAAUUCCUUCAACUGGUUGAAGCUCGGAGCCCUCUACUACAACGUUUCUAAAAAAGUGGUCCUGACAGACUUUUUGAAUGGGCCCCUCUCCACCGAGAGAAAGAAGCCUGCGUUGAGGCAACGAAAUAUCGAUGAUACAAAGACUUUGAGCUCCACCACCACUGCUAGACAAGUCCAACCCCUCGAAAUCCUGGCGGACCAGGAACAAAAGAAUACCGCAUACAUGGUGAGAAGCGUUUACGAGACGUAUAGGAAGAAGGAUUUGUCUGGAGGUAUCAAUUUUUUCAAGUUUUUCAUUAAUCCAUUCUCAUUUUCUCAGUCGGUAGAGAACUUGUUCUUCACCAGCUUCUUGAUCAAAGAUGCUAAAUUAAAGCUCUAUGUGGAAGAUGGAAUACCCUACGUGGAUGGAGUCCAACCGUGGGAGUUCCAAGAGGUUAGAAACAGAAGUGAGUCAACCACCACCAACCAUCAUGUUGCGUCAUUGGACUAUAACACAUGGGCAAAUUUGAUUAAAACAUACGACAUUAAGGAGUCUUUUCUAGGAGAAAGAGGUGAGAUGGCCGAUUCCAUCCCCGAAGAAGAUCUCGAAAACUAG